CAAUGGACAUCAUGAACAGUCCAAACCUUCCUGUCCCUCUGGGGGUCUUGACAACUACUUGAGUGCAUUUUAGGAGUCAAGGAGUAACUUGAGAUUUUGUAGAAGAAAAGCUGGGCAGUAAAUAUGUGGUUGGGAGAUCCCUGGAUUUUGCAACAACCUUUGAGGAAUCAGGACCUGCAACCCCAAUGUUUUUUAUCCUGUCCCCAGGAGUGGACCCACUGAAGGACGUGGAGAAGCAUGGGAAGAAACUUGGCUUUACAUUCAACAACAGGAACCUCCACAACGUGUCCCUUGGACAAGGCCAAGAGGUGGUUGCUGAACAAGCUCUGGAUCUGGCUGCAAAGGAGGGGCACUGGGUCAUCCUUCAGAACAUCCACCUGGUGGCCAAGUGGCUGAGUUCCCUGGAGAAGAAGCUGGAGCAGCACAGCGAGAGCAGCCACCAGGACUUCCGUGUCUUCAUCAGCGCAGAGCCAGCACCUUCCCCCGAGAGCCACAUCAUUCCCCAGGGCAUCCUGGAGAACUCCAUCAAAAUCACCAACGAGGCCCCCACUGGGAUGCAGGCAAACCUGCACGGAGCCCUCGACAACUUCAGCCAGGACACCCUGGAGAUGUGCAGCCACGAGAAGGAGUUCAAGAGCAUCCUGUUUGCCCUGUGCUAUUUCCACGCCGUGGUGGCAGAGCGGCGCAGGUUCGGCCCCCAGGGCUGGAACCGCCCGUACCCCUUCAGCAGCGGGGACCUGACCAUCUCUGUGACUGUGCUGCACAACUACCUGCAGGCCAGCUCCAAGGUGCCCUAUGAUGACCUGCGCUACCUUGUGGGUGAGAUCAUGUAUGGGGGUCACAUCACAGAUGACUGGGACAGGAGGCUUUGCAAAACCUAUUUGGAAGAAUUUAUUAAGCCAGAAAUACUGGAGGGAGAACUUCUCCUUGCUCCAGGAUUCCCCCUCCCAGGGAACAUGGACUACAAUGGCUAUCACCAGUACAUAGAUGAAGCCCUGCCUCCAGAGUCUCCAUACCUGUAUGGGCUCCAUCCCAACGCUGAGCUUGGCUUCCUCACGCAGAGCUCGGAGCAGCUCCUGCACACGCUGCUGGAGCUGCAGCCCCGGGACAGCAGCACUGGAGAAGGAGGAGUGGGGACCAGGGAGGAAACGGGAGAGCUGACCAUGACCAGCGACAUGGAGAGCCUGCAGAAUGCCCUCUUCUUGGACAUGGUGCCCGAGUCCUGGGGGAGGAGGUCCUACCCUUCCACAGCCAGCCUGGGCACGUGGUUCACUGACCUCCUCGCUCGCAUCAGCGAGCUGGACACCUGGACUGGAGACUUCUCCUUGCCCUGCACGGUGUGGCUUGGUGGGUUCUUCAACCCCCAGUCCAUCCUGACGGCCAUCAUGCAGACCACGGCCCGGAAGAACAAGUGGCCUUUGGACAGGAUGGCCCUGCAGUGUGAUGUGACAAAGAAGAGCAGAGAGGACUUUGCCAGCCCCCCUCGGGAAGGGGCCUAUGUCCAUGGCCUGUUCAUGGAAGGAGCACGCUGGGAUGCACAGGCCGGGCUGAUCACCGAUGCCAGGCUCAAGGAGCUCACCCCAGCCAUGCCUGUCCUGUUCAUCAGGGCCAUCCCUGCUGACAAACAGGACACCAGGGGCAUGUACCCAUGUCCUCUCUACAAAACACGCCAGAGAGGCCCAACUUACGUGUGGACUUUCAACCUUAAAACCAAGGACAACCCUGCCAAGUGGGUGCUGGCUGGUGUGGUCCUGCUGCUGCAGGUCUAGGGGCACCACCACACCCCUCAUUUGCAAAUCCCAACAUUGCCUUCCUCAGGCAAUUUAAACAAUUAAAUGCUGAGGUUUAGCCCAAGCUCCAUCUCUCCAAUGGACUCAGUCCCCAGGACUCUGAGCACUGGGGACAUGGCCAUGACAGAGCCUGUGAGAGGUGACAGAGGUGCAGAGGGACACGUGGACCAGGCUCAUGGCUGCUGUAAAUCCAGAUCUUGGAAUUCCUACCCUGGAGCACUGGAAGAUCCCAGCCUGCAGCCUGAUAUUCCACACUCAGAGGUGUGGAAUAUCUAAAUCUAAAUCUAAUUUUUAUUUGUAUUUUAUAUUCCAAAGUAGUUUUAAAAUCAGUGGACUUUUCCAAAACACUCAGAUAGUCCAGUGAAUUGUGAAAUUCUCCAGACCUUGUUCUUUUCUCUGUGUUUCUUUGCCAUGUGUGUGAUGUUGAAAGCUGGGAGGUGAGCAGAUGUUGUGGUUAUAAACUGUUUCUUGCUAAUUUUCUAAAUUUUAGAAACACUGAAAAUAGUGUUAAUAUCCAAUGUGCUUAAUGGAAUCAACUGUAAAAGUAGAGCACAGGGGUUAUUAAGAGAAUUUUUCAUGGUCAUAGAGACUUAUUGGGUCUGGCUGAGCUGGAGUUCCUUUCCCCACAGCAGCCCUCACAGUGCUGUGCUGGGCACUGGCCAGAAGGGUGUUGAUAACACACGGGGGUUUUGGCUGCUGCUGAGCACAGCACCAGCACUGGAACAUUCCCUCCUCAAUCGAGGGAAGAUCCUGGGAGGGGACACAGCCAGGCCAGCUGAUCCAAACUGACCAAAGGGAUGUUCCAGACCAUAUGAUGUCAGCUCAGAUACAGAAGCUGAGGCAAGGAGCAGGAAGGGGACAUUCACUGUGUCCAGUGGCUGAGGAACCGUCCCGUGUACCCAAGCCCUGCUUCCCGGGAGGGGCCGCCCAUCACUGCUCGUGGGAAGUAGAGAAUAAACCCUGUUUGCUUUGCUUUUGCAAGUGCAAGCUUCUGCUUUACU